AUGGCCCAUCACAGACACGGUCGUUCUCCCGUCAGGAAGAGCACGGCUUGCUAUCAGACCCCCUGCCGCCAUUCUGCUGCCCGACCGUCUGUUUCCCAUGAGCAACGCACUCCUUCGCGGACCGACUUUAUCCCUUCCUGGUUACAACACGUGCCAACAAGCUACUAUGAUUCUCCUGGGAGAGUUCCUCGAGAAGCAAGCCCUGCUGAUGCUCCGGAGACCUCAUGGCAUCCGAAUGGCAUUCCGAACAUCCGCAUCCAGUCCACCUAUGCUGCUGGGAGGUACCCGUCGUCGGAUCUCUUUAUACAGGACAGUCCUUCACCAGCACCUUCCGCUGUCCCAACGGAUCGACAUCAUCAUCAUCACGAGACCGAUCUUCACAGUAAUUACAGUAGGGCUUCGGUCGACAGAAAGGGGGAGUACCGCUCCAGAACUACGAUCUUAACACCGCCACCCGCUUCGGUUGUCAAGGACGAUGUUUUCGAGAAGCGACCCCGGCGAAAGACUCGACAAGACCGCUAUGACACAGUCAAAUCCAAAGAUGCCGUACCCAUUCAGAAGCAGACGAAGAGGCCCUCUGCGCGAGUGUCCAAAACAGGAAGGCUGAGAUCAAGCCGAGAGGUCAUGACCAACUUCAAGUCCAGCGCAAUUGCGAAUCCAAACGAGAGAAUCACGUUGACGUCUACCUUUACUCCCGGCCUGUUCGUCAAUGGUAGAAGCUCAGCGCCGCUGGCGGAUCUUGUGUUCAAUGAGAUACCCCUACCUGACGAAGACGGCGAACCAAUCGAAAGAAAACGAUCCUCUGACUCGAGGCCGAAAAAGCGGAAGGAAGAGAGGGCCCGUCGGGAAGAUAUCGAAUAUCUCACCAGUGCAUUGAAGCGCUUAAAAGAAGAUUAUCCGGCUCCAGAGUAUCUGGAGAGCAGAUCCAUUUCCAUGAUUUCCGGUGGCGAUUCUGAAUCCAUCCAACGAUCGAGCACUGCUGAUGUCAUCGUCGUGGAAACAACCGCAAAGAAGGCGAGUCCUAUGCCAUGCCAUGGAGGUCUUGGCGGCGGCAGUGCAACAGAGAAAACAGGAGAUGGCAAUAGGUUGCGGUCACUACAUGACGACUACGAGCUGCGAAAACACUCUGUUUGCAGCCGUACUGCAGUCAACGAGACCUCUUUCUCGAAUCUAAACAUCCCGAAAAUACCCAUUCCUUCGGACGGCAACUCUAGGCCGAAGGACCAAAAGAAAUCCCCUGAGGAACAGCCAGAGCUCGAGCCCAUAGUGAGCCGAGGCGAGCCUGAGUCUUGUAGCAGCCAGGCAGUCCAGCGUCCAGACUACCAAGACAAGGGCGUCAUGAUACGCAAACCAAUUCCGGGGAGGGACAUUCCCAGUAUAGAGAGUGAUAUAUACGGAUAUCCCGCCUAUCUGCCAGGAUUUUCUGCAAAUUGGGACUUUGGCGCAGAGGUCAUAGACGCCACCUAUUCUCGCAGUGACCCGUCUCCGGCUUGGUUCUUUGGCAGGCCGAGCUCUCAGUAUCCGUUGCUGGCCGUGGACUCAUAUUCAAACCAAACUUCAGCACUUGUCGACAAUCCCGGGUCGUCUACAUCUUCCAAUAUACAGUCAAGAAAUACGAGCCACCCAGGCGUGCCACCUCAGCCUACCGGUCCUCGCCAGGUAUCUACAAUAACCCAGGAAACUUGCCGGGACUUGGCUCACACUUGCAUAAAUACCUUGCAGGAUGAUGAAGUUGUACCAGGAGAGUCUCUCACAGAGUAUAUUGAAAGAAUGGAGCAUGAGAUUUUAGGAUCCGACGAAACAUCCUCCUUGUUCAUAGACGACGGGCUCCUCCCAGCGCAGUCAAUGCACCACAACCAAGUUCCGGAGGUGCCACACACAGUUGACGUGCGAUACCCAGACGGUUCCUUUUGCAGGAUGGAAAGAGAGAGGUCGCUUUCCCCAAGAGGUCUAACGCAACGACGUGUUCAUGAAACACUUGGCUGGCCUUCGCAGCAAUAUCAGGCGCUUCCACGCCCAGAGAGCCUCGACGGCCUCGAUGACGGUACAGAAACAGAAUUGGCAUCCUUCUGGCGGCCAAACCAUAUGAUGUGGUGCUAA